AUGCUCAACUCGGAAGUCAUUUUGAAGGCUAAGGUCUUAAUACGGGGUCUUCAACAAAGAUUUGAGAAUUUUUUUUAUUUCUACAAAUCAAAGUUUGACAAUACCAACUCUUCUCAAAAUCAAACACAUGGUCAUGAAGAUGUAGUUGUGAUUGAUGAUGAGAAUGACUUCAUGGGUGAUUUAAUAGUUCAAACUGAUUACCCAUCGGCAUCAAUGGAAACAGAGUUGACACGAUACCUAAACGAGCAAUCAGUUAAAUACAAUAAAGAUUUUGAUAUUCUACUUUGGUGGAAACAAAUUGCAUCUCGUUACCCUAUUGUAUCCCGUAUGAUGAAAGAUAUUUUGGGACUGCAAAUCUCUACUGUGGCGUCAGAGACGGCGUUUAGUACAAGCGGACAGAUAUUGGAUCCAUAUAGAACAAAUUUGUCUGCAAAUAUAGUAGAGGCUUUGGUUUGCACUCAAGAUUAGGUAAGAAAAUCAUGAAAGUAAAUUGUGGACAACAUUGAUGAAAUUUUGAAAGACGAUGAGGUCGCGAAAGCUUUAGAAGAUGCGAUAAAGAACGGAGAUGGAAAGGGAAAACAACCAAUUAAUAUUCUUGAAUAGUUAAUUCGUGUUUGAAAAAUGUUAUUUUGGAUAUCGGAUAAAAACUUAAGAUUCAUAUUUUUAUUUGGGUGUUG